AUGGCAGACACCGAGCAGAGCAACAAGAGCGGAAACCCUGAUUCAGACGUCAGCAAGCAAGGUCGCGCUGGCGAUACCAUGAAGUCAGGCUCCAAACCCACCAGCAAAUUCAGCGGACAAAUCUUCGGCCCAGGCAUUUCCGACAAGACGACGAAAGACAAAGCCAUCUCCACGGCCGGUUACGCCCUACAAAAAGAGCUCCAUCCCACCCCGAACCAUAUCUGGAUGGCCUUCUUCACAGGUGCCUCCUGCACGAAAACAACCAAUCCCACGGGCGCAUACUCUGUCGUCUUCAACCAGGACAAGAAGCUGGCCAAAAUGGCAUGGUACAUGAGCUCUUCCUCUGAAGUGGUCAACGAGAAGAGACUUGCCGGGCUGGCCAUUGCGCAGGCACUCUACAUCGCAGACAAGAGAUUACGUGCCUUUCCCGACGAUGAGGAGAGGCCAAAGAAGGCGACAGUGAAGGUGUUCACUCACUGCGUCGAGACACUCAAGAACAUCGAUGAUUCGAGGGAAAUUAUCGAGGAUGGAAGGGAGGCAACGCUUGAAGUCGUCAAGUUGAUCGAGGAUCUGUCGUACAGCCUUUGCAACAUCGUCGGCGCGCGCGUGAGGCUGUAUCUCCAGUGGGUGCCAGCGGACUAUGGGAAGAUGGUGUGUGCUAGGGACUUUGCGAAAUGUUGCCGAAGGAAAUCAGGCAGGAAGAAUAUGUAUUUUGUGGGAAACGAGAAGAGGGAUGAUGGGCUAAUACCCGAGGGUGUCUCCGGCUUUAUCGAACGAGAUACUGCGGAAGAGGACCGGCACGAUCUGAUGGAGCAGCCAGGAAAGGCCGUGGCCCUAGCAGAGACGUUAACUGCUUCGACAAAGAAAGAGGGUCAGUCGGGUGUUCACCAAGUGGCCAUUCUAGGUGACCAAGAGAUGGAUGAGAGGAGGGCAAUGGUCAGCGAAGAGGCCUCAAACGAGGAACAAGCCUCGAUCAAUCAACAAAUCCUUGCUGAUUGCUACCAGCAGCAAGUUUACUCUCUCCGCCAGCGAGGGAAUAAGGACGUUACCAAUUAA